AUGGCCGUCCAAAAAGCUGGUCCGGCGUCGCGAGCGCCUAGCACUCGCCCAACGAGCGUCGCUCGCACCAUCGCCAAACGCCGAGCGAAGCCGUACAAGACUGAGCAGAGUCGCGUCCUGGCCAAGAAAAAGAAGCUGGACACCCAAACCACGACCAGAGGUGCUCCGGCUGGAUUCACCUACGUUGCCACAGGAACACCAGACCUCUCGGACCGUUGCAAACAGCUCUCCAAGCAGAGAGGAUUACCGGUUUACAUUGUGAAUGCAAAACCAGUCAGCAAGCACGCCAAUGAUCCCAACAAGGUCUCGCAUCACAUCCAUCGGAUCGGACAUCACUUCAAGACAAAUGUCGUCGAAGAGGCAUGUCAGGCCCUCGGCUAUACCUACAUCCGCGGGCAGUUCAUCAAAGAAGCAGACCUUGCAAACAUGAGCGAGAGAAGCAGGAUGGCUGCAGCCAUGGCUAGGCACGGCCUUCACCUUGAUCGGGAGAUCGAACACGAGACUGAUGACCAGGUCCGUGCCGCUAUCAAAGAACUCUUCCCAAAGAUCCCUGAACAAGAUCUUAAGGAGAUCCUAAGGCAUGCUUGGAAGGCGGGAAGUAAGCGGGUAGGAACCGUCGCCAAUCUCGAUCUGCCACGUCGCGUGCAACUGGCUGUGAUUGCUCGAAUCAGACAUUCCUACACUGACUAUGACUACCUGCUGAGAGCCUUCGAGUGGAAGGAAGCCAGAGAGCAUGUCGAGCCAGAUUGCUUGAAGAAACUGAUCGAGUGGCGCGGAGAGAAUGAAGACGAAGAUGACAAUGAGCUAGAGGAAGUCAUUAGAGAAACCAUCGUCAUUGAUGAUGAGGAGGAGGAGGAUGGGGACGACGAUGAUGGCCCUGAGACCAUCGUUCUUGAUGAUGAUGAUCCUGAGACCAUAGUCAUCGACGAUGACAGCGACGCUGAAGGUGCUAACGCUCGCGGCUACAAUACUGACACGAGCCUCGAGAUAAGCCAUAGGUUGGCUGUCGACGAUGAACUUGGUGCCGAGAGCAACGACGAGCACUCGAAGAUGUUUUUUGAGCGCUAUCAGCCCCGUCCGCGUAAUGCGCAGAGGAGAGACUUGGACGUGCGCCAGAAGAUCGGUGCUGUCAGGGAGUCGCUGCGCAAUGGACGCAUGGUGCAUCCGCCUUCGGCUCAGCAGGAAGUUGUUCGUGUCUACGUGCCAGACAGCUCAAAUGAGAUCGAGUUCGGAGGCCAGCGCUUUCGAAAGGCUCCUUCUGCAUCUCUACCGCCACCGUCGCCGCAUUACUUCAACCAACAGCAGCCUCCUCCACCGUCGCAGCGUUACCUUCAACAGCACCCUCCACCACCGCCAUUCGGAAACCAACACCCUGAGCCUCAAUUCAUGCAGCCACGCCAAUUGUCGGAAAUCAUCGUAUCGCCCAACAUGGCCCACGACCGCCCCGUCCCAUCUAUUGAGCCGCAAGAAGACCUGCGAAGGGUUGCAAUGGCGUCUGCAGCAAUGCAACAGAGCGACCCGAGGUCAGGCAAGAAUCGGUCGCAUCCCGCCACGCCUGAGAGUGAGGCAUUUGACAAGCGUCGCCGAAUUGAGGUGCCAUCACCCAGAAUGGGGACGAACUUCACAGGUCUCUCUCCUCACCAGGGCAACUCGCCUGGGCGUUCGUGGCAUUUGCCAGCUGCACCCAGACAAGAGCUGACUGCAGCAGAGAGUCCUCGUUUGCAGUAUCGAGGAAGCCCUUGGGCAGACGUUCGACGCGAGCACCAAGCACCGGCAAGUCCUGUGUAUCGUACACAUGGAGUGCCGGCCACCAACGGAAGAUUGGGUGAGUCUGGUUCUGGUCCUGGCCCUGCUCCGUACGAUCCAGAAAAGCCGCUCUUGAGGCUCGAAGACUAUGAAGAGCAUCGACGCGGAAGCGCUCCUCAGAUGACGGCUCCGCGCCCAGUGAGAGAUGACCGUCUUGAUUUCGUGGACGCACAGGUCGCACCGAUUCAAUAUGCUCCGUUACCCCAGCAGCCGCUUGACCAGCCAGUCCACUUCCGCUAUCGUGCAAUUGAUGAGCAGAGCUUCCGAUACCGUCCAGAGGCAUAUCCACAACCACAGGUCGUCUACGUGAAGACUCCGCAAACGCCGCUACCAGUGCAUGGUGCACCGGCAGCUGUUCAGCAAGUACCCAGAGAAGCUCCGCCAACAGCUUCGGGGGUCUUUCAGCAGCCUCCAGCACCACCGGCUCAGCAGCCUCAGCUUCAUCAUGGUGCGCCAGCACAACCCCCUCAGUUCUACUAUCCCCGCUGA